GCACGAGACGCCGUAGACUAGAACUGUCACUGUAGGAUAGCUCUAAUAACUAAAUCUGGAGAGACAGGGGAGCCAAUGCAGCAACAGGCCGUGACAAAUCGGCGGUUCCUCCUCCUCUCAUCGACGGCGGAACCAAAAUGCCCCGCCCCUCGACGGCCCUCCUUCUUCCACGGCUCCUCCUCGCCGUCUCCCUCCUCCUCCUCUGCUUCUCGUCCGCUGCUGCUGCUGCCGCACUAGUUCUGCUGCCGCCGCCACGCUUCGAGCCUGAGGCUGCUCCUCCGACGACGACGCUGGUCGCCGCUCUUCCAGGCUUCGACGGCGCCCUCCCUUUCCGCCUCCACACCGGGUACGUGGGCGUGGACGAGGAGAACGGCGCGGAGCUCUUCUACUACUUCAUCGAGUCGGAGGGCGACCCACGGCGCGACCCGCUCCUCCUCUGGCUCACCGGCGGCGACCGCUGCACGGUCCUCAGCGCCCUCUUCUUCGAGAUCGGCCCGUUGAAAUUGGUCGUAGAGCCCUACAACGGAACCAGAGUACCACGGCUGCGCUACCACCCCUACUCCUGGACCAGAGCCGCGAGCAUCCUCUUCGUCGAUUCGCCCGUCGGCGCCGGCUUCUCCUUCUCCAGGAACCCCCGAGGAUACGACGUCGGAGACGUGUCUUCCUCGCUGCAGCUCAAGGAGUUCCUCACCAAGUGGUUCACCCAGCAUCCGGAUUACCUCAAAAAUCCUUUCUACAUUGGGGGAGACUCCUACGCCGGAAAGAUCGUUCCGUUCCUCGCGCAGAAGAUCUCAGAAGACUUGCACAUGAUGCUAUUUUCAGAUAUAGAAGCUGGACUGAAACCGACGGUUAACCUCAAGGGAUAUCUGGUCGGUAACCCGCGUACAGGUGAACCCAAUGAUUAUGAUUCCAGAGUGCCAUUUCUUCAUGGAUUCGGAGUCAUUUCGGACCAGCUCUACGAGACCAUAAUGGACAAGUGCCAAGGGGAGGACUACACAUACCCCAAGAAUGCGCUGUGCGCUCAAGCUUUGGACAGAUUCAACAGUCUGCGUAAUGAAAUUUCGGAGCCGCACAUUUUGUACAAAAAGUGCGUAUACGCGUCUGACAGACCAAACGAUGGGACAACAGAAAGAAAGAUCCUCAAGGAAGAAACUGGAUUAAUGAAACAUCCACCACCUCGUCCUCCAAUGGAUUGCCAAAGCUAUGUUAACUACCUGUCAUAUUUUUGGGCUAACAACAACAUCACACGUAAAAUGCUUGGGAUAAAAAAGGGGACCAUGGAUGAAUGGGUGAGGUGCCACAAUGGUGAUCUACCAUAUACUGAGGAUAUUGGCAGCAGCAUAAAGUACCAUCGUAAUAUUACGUCAAAAGGUUAUCGUGCCUUAAUAUACAGUGGAGACCAUGAUUCUGUUGUACCGUUUCUGGGUACACAGUCCUGGGUGAGAUCACUCAACUUCCCCAUCGUGGAUGAGUGGAGGGCUUGGCACCUUGAUGGCCAAUCUGCAGGAUUCACCAUAACAUAUGGGAACAACAUGACGUUCGCAACCAUAAAGGGCGGUGGACACACUGCGCCGGAGUUCCAACCAGAGAGAUGUUUAGCCAUGUUCAAGCGUUGGAUUUCCAAAGAGCCACUCUGAUUGACGUGUGGAGCUGCGUCAUGCCUGAUCUUGACUAAAAGGAACUUCAUCAAGAUGUUGGUUCUGAUGCCUGAUCUUCUGAUUAAUACGUCCAAUUGACGUCAUGCCUUAUCCGGUCUUGGCUAAAAAGGACUGCAGAAGGAUGUGGGUUCUGGUGUUCCAAUUUGCAGUAGGAAAUGUACACGUCCAAUAGUAUGCACGGUUCCUAUGAUACAUGAGUUACGAGCUUCUGAAAUUGUAAUGCCACCAGAUUUGGAACCUUCCUCUGUUUUUUUUCCUUUUAAAAAAAGUUGUAAACUUAAUUCAAUAAUCAUCUUUCCUCGUAUUAAAAAGAUGUGAAUUGGUAUC